AUUUUUCUCAUUUUGUAUAAAUUUAGGACGUUUGGAAUUUAUUAGUGGUGGAUGGAGUAUGAAUGAUGAAGCCACAACACAUUAUUUGGCUAUCAUUGAUCAAAUGACUAUUGGAUUGCGAUGGCUGAAUGAAACAUUUGGAACAUGUGGAAGAACUAAAGUCGGAUGGCAGAUAGACACAUUUGGUCAUUCUAAAGAACAGGCUUCGUUAUUUUCUCAGAUGAGUUUUGAUGGUCUUUUCCUUGGACGCCUUCAUUACCAGGACAAAGCUUGGCGAGAAAGAAGCAAAACAAUGGAAUUUAUUUGGGAAACCAGUGAAAGCUUAGGUGAAAAAGCAGAUUUGUUUACUGGUGUUUUGCCUAAUGUAUACUGGCCUCCUAAAGGAUUCUGCUUUGAUACUUUGUGUUCAGAUGAGGAACUUACAGAAGAUAACAUUAAUUACAAAGCUCACAGUUUUAUUGCCAUAGCUGAAGAGCAGGCUAAAUAUUAUGCAACUAAUAAUAUCGUCAUGACUAUGGGUAUGGACUUUCACUUCAGAGAUGCUGGAAAAUGGUUUAGAAAUUUAGAUUAUCUAAUGAAUUAUGUAAAUUCACUGCAAGCUGUGGGUAUGAAAGUGAAUGUUUUUUAUUCCACUCCAACUUGUUAUUUAUUUAGUCUUUAUGAAUCAAAUAUGACAUGGCCUGUUCAGAAAGCUAAUUUCUUCCCAUAUGCAUCAAAGCAACAUGAAUAUUGGACUGGAUAUUUUACUAGCCGUCCUGCUCUCAAAUUCCAGAUUCGCAAGUAUAAUGCCUUUCUGCAGAUGUGCAAACAACUGGUAACUUUAGCAGAUGUGGAGAAUGCUGAUAUUAUGACACUUCAUAAAGCUCUUGGAGUUGUGCAACAUCAUGAUGGAAUUACAGGAACUGAAAAGCAGCAUGUUGCAGAUGAUUAUUCAAGGCUGUUAUCUGAAGGCUAUGCUUUAUGUGAGGAUGCUAUUGGAAAGUCAAUUCGUAUCCUGCUUUCAAAUGAUACUAUAUUACCUCGGCUUUAUUUUUGUGAACAUUUAAAUGUCAGUCAGUGCUUGUUCACUGAGCUAGAAAAUCAGUAUCUUGUAAUUGUAUAUAAUUCUCUGUCCCAUCCUGUGAAGUCAUUCGUAAGGCUGCCAGUUCUUGGUGAAGGUUAUUCUAUCAAACAGCUGUCAAAAAGGAGAAAGUCCAUUCCUGCUCAAGUUGUGCCUAUUCCACCUUCUGUUAUUAGUCUACCUGAAAGGUCUAGUUUGGCUACAAAUGAAUUGAUUUUUCCCAUUUCAUUACCACCUUUAGGAUUUUCUGUAUAUGGUGUAAAGAUGCUUGCUGAUUUGGAACCUGUUAUUGACAUUGAAAGUGGCCGCAUUUCAAUAUCUAUCCAAGAUGCUACAAUUCAAAAUGAGAAUCUUCGAGUAGUCAUUGAUGGGUAUUCUGGAUUAUUGAAAGAAAUAGUUUUACUCAAAACUGGAACACGAGUUCCUGUGAAACAAUCAUUUUACUACUAUGAGGGUAUGCCUGGGUAUAGAAUAGAAAGAGCAUCAGGUGCCUAUGCUUUUAAUCCUCAACAUGAUAUUGCAUAUCCCUUAGCUGAAAAUAUUACUUAUAGAGUUUUUAAGGGACCAUUAGUUGAAGAAAUCCAUCAAUAUUACGCACCUUGGAUAAGUCAGAUUAUACGUGUAUAUAAGGGGAAGAAACAUGUGGAAUUUGACUAUGUUAUUGGGCCUAUUCCAGUACAUGACCACAUUGGAAGAGAAAUUAUAACUCGCUUUGAUACACAGCUUCAGAAUAAUGGAACAUUCUUUACAGAUUCUAACAGUAGACAAACUGUAAAAAAUGUGCGAAAUUUUCAAGAAACCUUUCCUUGGAAUGUAACUGAAAGAAUAGCAGGAAAUUACUAUCCAGUUACUUCAUGGAUUUACAUACAGGAUGAAGCUGAAGAUCUUCAGCUUACAAUUUUGCCUGAUAGAGCACAAGGAGGAAGUAGUGUUACUGACGGAUCUAUUGAGCUAAUGUUGCACAGGAGACUGCUUUUUGAUGAUGGAUUUGGUGUAAAUGAAGCACUCAAUGAGCCAGGGUUCGAUGGCAGAGGUCUAGUAGUCAGAGGAUCUCACUACCUUACUUUGGGACCUAUUGAAGAUAUGAUUCCAUACACAAAGCGGUUAGCUAAAAUGCGUUUUCAUUAUCCUUUGGUUGCUUUUUCAAAGCUAAAUUUUUACAACUUGUCCCGAUAUUCACUUAAUGAAUUUCGAGCCUUAAAACGCAGAUUGCCUCAAAACAUUCAUGUAUUAACACUCGAGAGACUGGAUGAUCAUAGAAUAUUGUUGAGGCUGGAACAUUUUCAUGAAAAAGAUGAUGAUCCCAAUCUGUCUGAGAGUGUCACAGUUUCUCUGAAUAAUCUGUUCAGACCUUUCAAAGUUAUAUAUUAUGAAGAAACAACACUCUCUGCAAAUAAAUAUUUGUAUGAAACUGAAAAGUUAAAUUGGGCAAUUGCAAAUGGUGAAGAUAAUGGCUAUGAAUAUUCAAGUAAUCAUCUACAUAGAGUUUUGCAAGCUGAUUCAAAUGAAAGUUUUUCUAUGCAGGAUGGGGAAGAAGGUCAUCUAAUUAUAACACUGAAACCAAUGGAGAUUCGAACAUUUAUUCUGAAAGUAGAUUAUUAUGUUACCCUCUGAAUCAAAACAGCAUUUGUUAUGUAAAACCCAAACUUUUUGCUUUGUAAAUAUUUUUGUGGAAAUAUUUUAAUCAAGUUAGAGCUAGUCUCUUUGUUUUCAAUUUUUAUUUUUAUGCAUUUUUGUGACGUUCUAGUCACAAAUUAUAUAUGCUUUUCUUUAUUUUUAUUUGUUCUGUAUGUAAAUUAUUAGAA